AUGUCGAACCCCCAAACCGAGGCGAUGGAGAUCAGCAAUGACAGUCUCUUCUCCGAUUCGUUCGUGCUUGACUCGAUGGAGGCCCUACCGAAGCUCACCGACCCCUCGCUUAACCCCCUGGCGCCUGGGAAAAGCUACCACAUGAAACCUCGACAAACCCCCACGAUGCGGACCUGCCGCUUUGAGCCGCUCGCCCUCGCGCCCCCCGCGGACGACCCGGCGGAUGCGUUCGACCUCACGAGUGUCUGCCGGCUCAUCUACGAAAGCGAUGACAGCGACCUCGCCGAGAUGCGGAACGGCGAGCCCGACAUGCCGGGCGAGCUCUCGAACUGCUUCGACGUCCCGGGGCUUUUGUACCGCGUCGUUGACCGCGCGCAGCAAAUCUGGGCCUUUUACAAUGACAGCACCCUCUGCGAGAUCGACAUCUGCGUGAGCUUCGGCAACCUCAGCCGGGUCAUCCCGCUCGACGCGACGACGCUGCAGAUGGGAGACUCGGGCGAGGUCGAGGCCCGCGUCGUUGUCUACCCGGGCGAAACGGAGCGCUUCAUCAAGGGCUAUGUGCGGGGGUUUAAAAGUACAUUUCUCGCGCGGCCUCUCUCCACGGAGUUUCUGACCGCCCGGCGGGAGGCCCAGUGGGCGGGCGUCAUCCACCCCGAGAUCGCCGCCCUCCGCGGCCUGUUCUUUCGGAAGGGCAAAAACGACCAAGCGAAGGAGGACGAGGCAGAGGAAACGGAGAGGCAGCUGGGGGUUUGUCUGGUGGAGGGGCAGGCGUUUGUGGACCUCGCCUUCCCCCCGACCCCGGUGUCGUUUCGGGGGGACCCCAAGAAGGCCUACCCCUGGGCCCGGCCCACGAUGUUUCUUCGUCCUGAGCAGGCCGCGCAGCGGCGGCUUUUCCGCGCGGAGCCCGGGCCGGCCCGGAUGCGGCUCGGUGACCUCGGCAAUUGUUGGAUGCUCUGCGCGAUGGCCACCCUGGCGGAGAGUCCGGCCGCCCUCCGUCAGAUUUUUCGUGGCGGGACAAAGGUCGAACGCGCUCAUGGGGCCUACCGCGUCCGAUUUAACAAAAACGGCCUCUGGCGGGAGGUCGUCGUGGACGAUUAUCUCCCGGUCAUCGCGUCGGCCCCGCAGGUCGCUCACUCGGUGGACCCCUACGAGCUCUGGCCCUGCAUCUUCGAAAAGGCCUUCGCGAAGUUGCACGGCGGCUACGCGCGGAUCGAAUCGGGCGACCCCGUCCACGUCCUCACCGACCUCACUGGGGCCCCAUCGCUCCGUAUCGACGACGAACUCGCCGACGCCGCGGAGGAGGGGAAAAAGGAGAAAAUCAACAAACUCGGUAAACUCGGGGUCGCUCUCCUUCACCGCCUGGAGGAAUUCCGCACCGCGGGGUAUGAAAUCCUCCUCCACACCGCCGGGACCGCCCCACCGCUGGUGUCUGGGACGGAUAACAUCCCCGACCUCGGUGAGACUCCCGAGAUGGAGAAUCAGCUCUCGGGGACGGGCCUGCUGCCCGGGCAUGCCUACACCCUCCUCCGCGUGGUCCGCCCGUCAUCGCUGGAGCCUUAUUUGCUGAAAAUCCGAAAUCCAUGGCUCUGGGGCUCCGACAGCCGCUGUAAAUGGUCCCGAACGUCAUCCCUGUGGAGGAAUUCGAAUAAAAAACAAAAGGGGUUGAGUGAGGUCGCCCAGGCCGUCGGGUUCGACCCGGAUGACAGCAGCGUGCUGUGGUUGACCGGUCAGGAGAUGCUCGAGUAUUUCUCCGGUGGCGGUGUGGUCUUCACGCAGGAAAAUGCCGCCGAGAUACGCAUUCCGUUCACCUUUUCCAACGCAAAACCGAGCGUGAUCCUGCAAAUCCAGGUAGCCAAACCCAUCAAAAUGUGGAUGAUGCUUUCUAAUAUCGACAAGCGGAUCCUUUACCAAGAGAACUCGAAAUUAGAUAUGGAAUUCGAAACCUGCUCGAAUUAUCCGCCAAUUAUGCUCUCCCUAGCAUCAUACGAUGAGAAUGGGCACAAUAUGAACAACGACGGCGCGGAAUUGAGUUAUCGGAUUCGCUUCAAUUCCACCAACGAUCCUGUACUGCCUUCGACAAAUACGUGGACUUUCCUGCAAGCACGUGAGAUCGCGAUGCUCUGCGAGCUCUCCCCGAGCCCCUAUCCGUAUCUAUUGAUCCCACGUAUGAUAGAUGGCGAACUCACGGUGAAUUUCGUGGAAAAUGCCGGCGAUUUUAGAAAAUUUGUCGGCAUGGAAUAUUUUGAAAAUAGCUGCGCGAUGCUUUGCCCAGAAGAGGUGGAUAAGGGAGUAAAAGAGAUUCCAAUGACUCUCGGCCUCCGCGUGGAAGGAAGCUUCGACGACUGUCAAAUCUCAGUACGAAAUCUACCCGCGCAAAACCCCGUCUUCGCGAACUUUCCGAUGUUCACCACGGGAAACCUGGCGAAACCUGCCGGUAAAGGCGUUAUAUUUCAAACGAUGAAGACAUCCCAAGGGAUUCACGUAAAACAUCGGUCGAAUGAUAUCCUCUAA